CCAAAAACCCAAGCGUCGCUCCAAGCAAAGCCAAACGACCUCGCCGGAAACCGAAGAUGCUGAGCCUCGCCGCCGCCGCCGCCGUCGCCGUCUUCCCCGCGAAAUCUUCUCCCUCCGCGGCGCCGAGGUGGCGGAGGUCGUCGUCGUCCUUCAGCGGCAUUCAAAUUCAACACAAGUGCCCUCCUCUGGGCGUCCCUAUUGCGGCGGCGCCGUCGUCGUCCUCCGCCGCUCGGAGCCGAGCUCCGAGCGUCGUGAUGAUGGCGAAGAGGCAGGAGGAGCUGACGGAGAUAAGGGCCAAGACCAUCGAGGAGAUCAACGACGAGGUCGUCGACUUGAAGGGGGAGCUCUUGAUGCUCCGGCUGCAGAAAUCGGCCCGGAACGAGUUCAAGUCCAGCGAUUUCCGCCGCAUGCGCAAGAGGAUUGCUCGGUUGUUAACCGUGAAACGAGAAAGAGAAAUUGAGGAAGGAAUUAAGAAGAGGUUAUCGAGAAAGCUUGACCGUCAAUGGAAAAGAAGCAUUGUUGUCAGACCACCUCCGUCUCUAAAGAAGUUGCAGGAGGAAGAGGCAGCUGCAGAAGCAGCAGAGAAGUCUGCUUGAGCCAAUCUAGAUUUUUUUUUCUCCAUCAAUGUAUGAAUUUGUGUUCAAGAGAAGGUUAUUCAUCUGAUGCUUAAUUUAUUAUUCUGAAUAAUUUUGUCUACAUAUUCUCUCUGUAAAUGCUGGUUAUUUCUUAAAUCGACAUGUGGUUUCCCUUUCAGGGGAAAACUUGACUCAUCGCAAAA